AUCUCCAAAAGUUCCAACACCUGAAAACAUAAAAAGAUAGAAAGAGAAAUAAAACAUCUUAUCCAAAGAAAAAAUGAAUCCAUUUUACUCUACAUUCCCAGACUCGUUUCUCUCAAUCUCCGAUCAUAGAUCUCCGGUUUCAGACAGUAGUGAGUGUUCACCAAAGUUAGCUUCAAGUUGUCCAAAGAAACGAGCUGGGAGGAAGAAGUUUCGUGAGACACGUCAUCCGAUUUACAGAGGAGUUCGUCAGAGGAAUUCUGGUAAAUGGGUUUGUGAAGUUAGAGAGCCUAAUAAGAAAUCUAGGAUUUGGUUAGGUACUUUUCCGACGGUUGAAAUGGCUGCUCGUGCUCAUGAUGUUGCUGCUUUAGCUCUUCGUGGUCGCUCUGCUUGUCUCAAUUUCGCUGAUUCUGCUUGGCGGCUUCGUAUUCCUGAGACUACUUGUCCUAAGGAGAUUCAGAAAGCUGCGUCUGAAGCUGCAAUGGCGUUUCAGAAUGAGACUACGACGGAGGGAUCUAAAACUGCGGCGGAGGCAGAGGAGGCGGCAGGGGAGGGGGUGAGGGAGGGGGAGAGGAGGGCGGAGGAGCAGAAUGGUGGUGUGUUUUAUAUGGAUGAUGAGGCGCUUUUGGGGAUGCCCAACUUUUUUGAGAAUAUGGCGGAGGGGAUGCUUUUGCCGCCGCCGGAAGUUGGCUGGAAUCAUAACGACUUUGACGGAGUGGGUGACGUGUCACUCUGGAGUUUUGACGAGUAAUUUUUUGGCUCUUUUUCUGGAUAAUAAGUUAGUUUAGGGAUUAUUUGGACAUCUAGGAUUGGUCCGGAGUUCCGUACCUGUAUUUUUUGUUUGGUACCAAAUCUUUAGUAAUAAAUCGUCUAUCAUUUAUUCUUGUUAGAAUGUUCUUUGUUUGUUUUUGGUAAACAGAUUUGAUCAAAUUAGAGCUAUAGAAUUUGAAAAUUUUGUUUUGUUGUAUCUGAAACUGUAAAUAGAUU